AUGGAUUCUUUGCCAGUCAAAAAUUUUGGAAUAAUAACUCAAAUUAAUGAAGAAAUACACCAACUAGAUACUGAUAAAGAUAAUCAUAAUGACCAAAAUAACAAUGAUCAAGAAGAAUUAGUUGAUGGUGAUAGGCGUGCGACUACUUCACGUUUUAGUAAAGUCUUUGAUCCAAACUUUUGGUUGACUGCCUACGAACAAUCCAAUAAUAAUUCUAGUGGUGUAGGUGCUCUUACUACUACUAACAACACAUCUCAAAAACGGCAAACUAUUAUUGAUUAUGAUAGCGUGUUGACAGGACCUGAUUCAAUACGUUUUUCAAAAAUUAUUGAUUUAUCACUAAUUUCUGAUGAGAUCAAAGAUGAAGAUUUGGACCUUACUUUUAUAAAAUUUUUGGAUGAAAUGAAUAUGCAUAAGGAGCCUCGUAAUAAGUUAUUACAACUUCCUAACGAAUAUAAACGAGCUUUAAUUGUUCAGAAACAAGAAGAAAAUUCAAAUGAUGUUGUUAUUAAAGAAAUGGUUGAUUCUAAAUCAGAACAUUCACUUGCUUCAUUAACGUUAGAUACUGCAAAUAAAUCCCAAGAGGAUUUAACAAAAUCAUCAUUGUCAUCAUUGUCCAAUUCAACAGGAUUCCUAAGAACUCCUACCUAUUAUAUUGAGAAAAUAACACAAAAAAAUAUUUCAUCAAAAUCAUUAUCUGAAGCAUUACAAUCUUUAAGAAUUACUGUGUCAAGUGAAUCAUUAUCAUGGAUAAGA